GCAUAUUCAUGAGGAGGGCGGGGCUCAGAGCCGGUAUAUAAGCGGAGGCGCAGCCGAGCCACUGCGUAGUUCGCGCUGGGACUUUGAAGCUCGAAAUUCACUUGCGCAGCUAGGAAGCGACUUCGGGGAGAAAAUGGCAUCAGAUGAAGGGAAGCUCUUUGUCGGCGGCCUCAGUUUUGACACCAACGAACAGUCGCUGGAGCAAGUCUUCUCUAAAUACGGACAGAUCACUGAUGUUGUUGUCGUCAAAGACAGAGAAACCCAGAGGUCCAGAGGGUUUGGCUUUGUCACCUUUGAGAGUGUUGAUGAUGCUAAAGAUGCGAUGAUGGCCAUGAAUGGCAAGUCUGUCGACGGCCGCCAAAUCAGAGUUGACCAAGCAGGCAAGUCGUCUGACAACAGGUCCCGCGGCUACAGAGGCGGCUCAGCUGGUGGCCGGGGUUUUUUCCGCGGAGGUAGAGGCCGGGGCCGGGGCUUCUCCAGAGGAGCCGGUGGAGACCGAGGUUACGGUGGCAGCCGGUUUGAAUCGAGAAGCGGGGGAUACGGUGGUUCUAGAGACUACUAUGGCGGCAGCAGCAGGAGUCAAGGCAGCUAUGGCGACAGGCCUUCAGGAGGUUCCUACAGAGACAGCUAUGACAGUUAUGCUACACACAACGAGUAAAAUACCUUCCUGGCUCAAGAUCGUCCUUCCAAUGGCUGUAUUUAUAAAGAUUUUGGGAGCUUCGCUGAAAUCCGUUCUUGUGUAGUCAUCUCCUUUGUAUUCUCACUUUUGUAGUAAACUCUCAGUUCUGACCUUGUCAAAACAAAAACACAGCCUUGACAGCUUCUAAUAUGCGAUGGUCUGUUCAGACUCAAAGAAAGCUCUGGGUUUUCCCUCUCUCAAGUGUUUUAACGUAUUUUUUUUUUAAGCACUUAAGAUUUUAGUUCAUUUGUGAGCAGAGGUGUGUGUGUGUGUUUGGUUGGUUGUGUGUCCUUUAGUGUGCGUGUGUGGUUUUUUUUAUUAAAAAGAAAAAAGACUGGAAGGUUUUGGGGCCCCAUUUCUGUGUUUUUUUUGGUUUUUAUUUUGAGCGAGAAAGGACCGUAAUUGUUCAGUAGAAGCUGAGCAAGCUGUGAAGUCGGUUUGUUUUAGUGCAUCGUUUUGUAACAAACUUUAGUGUAGCAAGGUAGGCGCUGUAGCCUGGGUAUGACUUUAUAAACGACUUUAAAAGGCAACCCACCUUGGUAUACCUAAAGCGAAACUUUGCUUGUAUGUUCAACCUGCAUUUAAGAGACUUUUGCUUGUAUGCCAUAAAACGUGUCCCAGAAAGACUCUGCAAAUCUUAACUCGCAAGAGGCUCAUGGGGAAAAAAAAUAUGUUUGUUUCUGUUGUCCUUUUUUUACUGGAAGAAAAGUAUAUGCCUAAUUCAAUUGAUGUUGUAAUUUUGAAGUGGUUAAAAAGGAUUUCUUGUACAGUUUUCCUUUUGGCUUCACGAAGCCUAUUAAAAGUCCAUCUGAAAAAAAAAUACUAUAUCUGCUCUUGAAAUUUUACGUCUUGCUGCACAACACAACUCUGGAUUUGACCGUCAGAAGUGUACAGUCAGAGAGGAAGGGCAGCUAGCUGCAGAGAGAGGAUUGCAGGCUGGCUAACGUAACUGUGGUGAAAACAACGCAAAUCUUAUCUGUACUUUUAAGGCCUAGAUAGACGUCAGGUCAGGUUGAGGGUGAUUGAAGCUGAAGCAAGAGUAUCUAAAGGAGCGUAGCCCUCUCCUUUUCCCAUCAUGGGGUCUGUUCUCUUUGAAAAAAAAUAACACCACUUCCCAUAGUAAUUUGCACCUGGUGACUCAGAGCAGACAGCUUGCGACAAGAGUUAGCGCGUGAGCAAGAAUUAGCUGACACCUUUGGUAGCUUGAAAAGCCAGCCAGACGUUCUUAGCCGACAAGGGAGCCUCGUUCUAACCGGGGUCAGCCGCUGCUGCCGAUUCUUGACAGUGUUCCAAGGCCGAUAACUGUGACCUAAUUUAGCUAGCUUUGUCGUUGCCUUCUUAAGUUCUGAGAAUUCUCUGCUAGCGUAUGGAAAACGGCAGUGCCUUGACGAAAAAGCGAAGUGUUGUGCAUCCAACAGAGAGAGAGAGAGAACCUCUGGGACGAAAGCUGCUCUCUUGGCUAGUUCAUAUGUGGGGAUAGUCCCGUAAUUCGAGGUUGACGGAGAAAAUAAGCCAUUGAUCAUGAAGUGGUUUUGAGGCUGAGCGCGGAACAUAGACCGUAAGCCAACUUCAACUCUUGAGCAGUCGCAUGCUGCGUGGAAGAGGACCGGCGAGGAGCACACCGGCCUACGGGCUGGGCAGCAAAAGCUUUGAGAGCUGUUUGCAUUUUUUAAAAUGGAUUCAACAAGGCUAAUAAAACACAGGGCUACAAAUA